CCGGUUUGGAGCGGAAGUUAGUCCAGUUCCGGUUUGGAACGGAAGUUGCUGUGUUGAUUGGGAGAUGAUGAGCAGCUCGGAGCCAGUCUCGGACCCCCAGCCUCAGGCACCCCCCGCCCAGCCCGGCACUGCCCCCGAGAACAAACCCAGCCCGGCCAACAUCCCGAAACCGGGGCCGGCGGGGGCCAGCGGAGCCGGGAUACCGGGGAGAGACCCGGGGGAGCGCAGGGCCAGCGUUCCUGCCUCUGCAGCAGCGGCGGCUCCAUCAGAAGGCUCCCUAUCCAAUGGAGUGUACCUGCCCCCAGGUGUGGCUAAUGGGGACAUCAAGCCUGUCAUUUCAAAUACGCCUUUAGUGGAUUUCUUGAUGCAGUUGGAAGACUACACACCAACUAUUCCAGAUGCAGUAACCGGGUAUUACUUGAAUAGGGCAGGCUUCGAAGCCUCUGACCCACGCAUCAUCAGACUCAUCUCCUUGGCGGCACAGAAGUUUAUCUCUGAUAUUGCAAAUGAUGCCUUACAACACUGCAAAAUGAAGGGAACUGCUUCAGGGAGCUCACGCAACAAAAGCAAGGACAAGAAAUACACACUGACUAUGGAAGAUCUUACCCCAGCUCUGGCUGAAUAUGGCAUUAAUGUAAAGAAACCUUAUUAUUUCACCUAGUUCUUGAGGUCUGAGACUGUAAAUCUUUUUUUGCUUUCCUCUGUUUGCUGAACUCCAAUUAGCCCGAUAUUCUGCUGGGGCGAACAUGCAGUGGAGGCUGUAGAAUUACCUUGUACACUGAACAUGCAUGGACUGGUUUAGAGUUGGAGAGGCGGCUGAUGCCUUCACAUAUUGUGCUGCAGAAAAUCGUGUAAGUAACAUUUCCUUAAAGAUGGGAAGAAGUGUUUUAAAAAACAGUUGUCAUGAAUGUUGUGACAUGCACUCAGUUCCAUGAAUCUUUGCGAGCCUGCCGACACGACACAGCCACCAGGAAAAGCUUUGUGUUUUUUUUGUUUUGUUUUGUUACAUUGUAAAUAGCAUUGUUCCUGUGUUAUUAGAUUUUAAUUAAUGUGUUUUGUUUGCUGUAUAAUGUUGCAGUAUCACAGAUUUUCAAUAAUCCUUUUGUUCCCCAGUGAAAUGGAGCAGUGAAAUCAGUUAUCACCCUAUUUGCUGUUCAUUGUGUUACAUGAUUUUGUACUGCUGUCAAUAAAAGGAGACUCUACCCUAAGCUUGA